AUGAUGAAGAAGCGGCUGUUGGAAAACAACGCCCUCUACCCGUGUGACCUUUGCUCCAAAGCGUUCAGCAAGUACCACAUCCUGCUCAGGCACAAAUAUGAACACACAGGAAUACGACCACACGAGUGCAACAUCUGCAAAAAGGCCUUCAAACACAAACGCCACCUGACCGAACACUCGAGGCUGCACUCCGGUGAGAAACCCCACCAGUGCAAUAACUGCCCGAAGCGUUUCUCUCACUCUGGUUCAUUCUCCCAGCACAUGAAAAAACACGACUCCUGCAGGAUGAUCUGGCAACACUUUGGCUCCGGUUUGGGGCCACACAGGUUUCAGUCUCAGCUCGGCACCGGACUGCCGUCAGACAGCCGGACCACGAUCACGACCUCCCAACCGGACUCAGACGAGAGGGAGAGCGAGGAAGAGGAGGACGAGGAGACUGCAGAGGAAGAGGAGCUAAGCUGUGAUGUGAUGGAGAUCGAGGCGGGAGAUGAUCACAUGGAGGACGAAGAGAUGGAGGAAGCGACUGAAGAGUAGGAGGAAGUGACAAGUGAGACUACAGAGGAAAUGGCAAAUGCCUACAAAAGAAUCAGGAAUGGGUCAGACGGCGCAAAGCCCACAAAGGAAGUGGUGACAAACGGGAAAUAAAAGGUAGAAAAACACAGAAAAGUCAAAAAAGUUCCAGCAGUUGGCUGAUCUUAACGGUCCACUACUGUGUACAAAAACUGAACUGAACUUUGAAAAGAAAUUAAAACAAAACACUGACUUUCUUUAUCUUGUAGAAAUGUGUUGAUACAUGUCCAGAUAUUAAAGCAGAACUCAUCCAUCAACUUGUUACUGAG